UAUGGAGAAAUAAAAAGUAACGGUGGGAGUACAAUCCGCCAGCUCAAUCUUUGCUCCCCAAAUCAAACAAAAUUAAAGUCUAUGAGGAACUUUUAAACCCUAAUUCUAUAAUCAUACCAAAAUUCUCUCUAUCCUUUUCCCAAUUCCCGCGAUUCCCUACAAAAAUAUUCUGAGAUGUCGUUUGAUUUGAUAUUGAAACCUACAUGCGGUGGGUGCGGGUCAACGAGUGAUCUCUAUGGCAGCAAUUGCAAACAUCUAACGCUUUGCUGUAACUGCGGCAAAGCCAUGGCGGAAAAUCGUGCUAAAUGCUACGAGUGUGGCGCUGUUGUCACUCGAUUAAUUCGUGAGUAUAAUGUUAGAGCGAGCUCGACCAAUGACAAGAAUUACUUCAUAGGCAGAUUUCCUACCGGUUUGCCAAAUUUCUCGAAGAAGAAGAGUGCGGAAAAUCAAUGGACUUUGCAGAAAGAAGGGCUUCAAGGUCGCCAGAUUACCGAUACUUUAAAGGAGAAGUACAAGAAUAAGCCUUGGAUGCUGGAAGAUGAAACUGGCCAGUCACAGUACCAGGGUCAUAUGGAAGGUGCACAAUCAGCCACAUAUUAUCUAUUAAUGAUGCAGGCUAAAGAGUUUGUUGCUAUACCAGCCGGUUCUUGGUACAAUUUUAAUAAGGUGGCACAGUAUAAGCAACUUACGUUAGAAGAAGCAGAGGAGAAAAUGAAAAAUAGGAGAAAAUUAUUUGAUGGUUAUGAAAGAUGGAUGAUGAAAACCGCUAGCAAUGGGACUGCUGCAUUCCCUACCUUUGACCCAAAUCUUGUCAAAGAAGUUCCUGCUGCUGGUGGAGCAAAAGGGCGCAAAAAAUCAACAACUGAAGAGGACGGUAAUGCCUCAGACAAGGCAGAGGAUGACGCAGAAGAGGAGGCAGAAAGAAAGGCAAGACUUGGACUUAACAAAAAUUCAGGUGAUGAUGAUGAAGAUGAAGGUCGAGCAGGAGGUAUUUUUGAUGACGAAGAUGACAACAUAGAGAAAGGUGAUGACUGGGAGCAUGAGGAAAUUUUCACUGAUGAUGAUGAAGCUGUUGGUAAUGAUCGCGAGGAGCGGGAAGAUCUACUAGCUCCUGAACUUCCAGCACCCCCAGAGAUAAAGCAGGAUGAUGAAGAUGAUGAUGCUGACGAGGAGGAGGGGGGACUGAGCAAAUCAGGAAGAGAGCUGAAAAAAUUGCUUGGAAGAGCUAAUGGGCUUAAUGAUUCUGAUCCAGAUGAGGAGGAUGACAGCUCGGCCAAAAAGAAGAAAGAUGAAGAGGAUGAUGAUGAUGAAGAUGAGGAAGAUCGCCCUUCACCCGUUCUAGCUCCAAAGUUGAAGGACCCUAAAGAAGAACAAGCUGAUUACAGCCCUGCGAAAGCUGCUACUGGAGGAUCUUCUAGGGUAACUCCAGCAUCUAAAUCUGCCAAAGGAAAAAGGAAAAACGGCGAUGAUACAAAGUCUUCUAGUGCUCCUCAAAAGAAGGUCAAGACUGAAAAUGAUGUUAAAUCUACCACAAAAGAAGCUGUAUCCAAAAAUGGUGGUGCAAAAGCUACACCUUCAUCAUCCUCAAAGGCUGGUACAUCUUCUCAAAGUACCCCUGCUCAGGGGCCUGUUUCUGAAGAGGAAAUAAGAGCUGUGUUGCUGGCAAAAGCACCAGUAACCACCAAUGAUCUUGUGGGCAAUUUUAAAGCUAGACUAAAGACACCAGAGGACAAGAAGGCGUUUGCAGAAAUUUUGAAGAGGAUAUCUAAGAUACAGAAGAGUAAUAACAAGAAUUACGUCGUUUUAAGGGGAAGAUAAAUCCUGGUGUUGUACUCUGAAGUUCAGGCACUAUUUUUGAGAUUUCCCCUGCAACUAAGUUUUUUAUGAACUAGUGCUUUCAAUGCCAAUACAGAAUCAAGAUAAUUGUGAAGCUGUAAAAUCCAUUUACAGAUUAGUUAUACAUAAUGUCAGAUUAAUAUCUGUAUAAUGUCAUUCGAACUCUGUAUUUUAUUGCAUAUUACUUUGGUUUUAUGCUUAAUGUAUUAAUUCUAGAAGCGCAAGUACAAUGACACAAUUUAUUUGUAGGCAGAGAGCUAUUCUCAAGCCUCUAUAGUACUUUCUAGAAUUUUUCUUGAA